AUGGGCCGUGCGUUCCGCAACCAUGGCCUGCAGUGGCCGCUCAGUCUCCCCGAGGUCGCGGCGCUGCUCAUAUGGAUCGCCAUCACGGCGGACUUCCACCUCGUGUCCGUCCAGCACGUCCGCACGGACUGGGCCCGCUGGUUGCUGCACGGCGCCUUUGGUGUCGUCGCACUCGCGUCGCUCGCGUGCGCCUUCGUGGCCGCGGCGAUCGACCCGACGGACCCCCUGGUUCUCCAGAAACGCCGCAGCGGCCCCGACGCCGAGGCGCCGCCCGCUGAGGCCGCGCCGUGCUACUGCACGGUGUGCGACUGCGGCGUGGGUCGGCGCUCGAAGCACUGCCGCGCGUGCAACCGCUGCGUCGGCACCUUCGACCACCACUGCAUCUGGCUCAACAACUGCGUCGGGGAAAAGAACUACGGCGUCUUCUUCGCGCUGCUGGUGCUGCUGAGCACGCAGGUCGUGUUCGCCGCCGUCGCGGCGGGCGCCGCGUUCGUGCAGGCGUUCGUCGCGGACGACGCGCACGCCGCCGCGCUGAACGAGGCCGCGGGCUACAGCGGCCGCGUCCCGCGCGUGGCGGCCAUAUGCCUCUCCGCGGCGACGGUCGUGCUGUGCGUCGCCGUGGGCCUCCUCGUCGGCGAGCUCCUCGUGCUGCACAGCGUGCUCAAGUGGAAGCGCCUCACGACGUUCGAGUUCAUCAUCCAGGAGCGCGACCGCCGCAUCGAGGCCCUGAAGAACGACCCUGUGGCGCUGGAGCGCGCGCGGUCGAACGCGUCGCGCGCGCCGAGCAGCACGGCGCCGGCGUCGUCCCUGGACGCGACGGCGCGGUCGCGGAAGAGCGCGUGGCGGCCGGGCCUCGGGAAGGUUGCGCCGGACGAGGCGGUGGGCGGGGAGGACAUUGUGCGGCCGCAGCCCAAGGUGAAGGUGGGGCUGAACCCGUGCGCGGCGGGGCGGUUGCCGCAGAAUACGGCGGGGGGGAAGCGGCGGAGAGGGCGGAAGGUGGGGGCGGUGGGGGGCGGGGAGGGGUCGAGUGGGAUGGAGGGGGGGGGAGUGAUCAUGGAGGGCGACGAGGAGGGGGAGAAGGAGGGGGUGGAGAGGGGGCGGGUGGAGGAGUCGCGCCGGACGAGCGAGAGGGGCGCGGAGAGCGCCGGGACGCCGUCGCCCGUGCGUCCGCCGCCGUCGCGCGUGACGAGCGGUGUCGAGUUCGUGCGCAGGGUGCAUGGCGUGCCCGCGAACGGCGCGCAGAUGAACGGCGCGCAGAUGAACGGCGCGCAGGCGAACGGCGAAGGCCACGCGUAG